GGAGUGUAUAUGCAUGCCAUCGUCGUCGUCGCUCGUUCAGAUGGAAGUUCUGACGUGCAGAUGAGUAAACCUAUCAGGAUAACACAUACGUUGCAGAAAUUAAAGGAAUUUAAGCUUUGCCGAGGGAACAAGUUGAGUGGUUCACACGUACAGUAGCGCAGUGCAUUGCAUUCACAGGGUACGUAGAGCAAUCAUUGGGUUGCGGCGUACUAAACAAUUCCGGUCAAAAUCUUAUUUUUAGGCAGGAAACGAGGACACUUGGAUGGACCUAUAUAUAUACAACCACCAAUUCUUUUCCAUUCAAAUCAAUUCAGAUCCUGUCACCGAAUCUACUCUCUCACUCUUGCCCUUCUCUGCUCAAGGAAAAGGAAGAACUCCCCGUUUCGAGAUCAUGUCGCUCUCGUACAGCGCGCCACUCUACCUGUUCUUCGACGUCGUCGUCCCCCCCUUCCACGACGACGAAGAGGAGUUCGAGUUCGCCGCGGCUGGCUCCAAGAACGUCAACGAGGAGAAGGAGGACGCUCCACGCGCGUGCGCCAGCGACCUGUCGGCCUUGGCGGACGAGCUGUUCCGUGGCGCCGGCGUGCUCCUGCCGCUCAAGCUGCCCCCGCGCCUGCAGCACCCCACCGACUACUUCUCCUCCUCGGCCGCCACGUCGCCCACGGCCGCGCGCCUGCUGGGCAGGGCGCCCUCGUCGUCGUCGUCGUCGUGGAGCCCGUUCGCGAGCAGCAGGAGGCAGCACACGGGCUUCGACCCGUUCGCGGCGGCGCUGGAGAAGGUCCGCCGGGAUGACACCGGCGGCCCCGGGCGCGAGCCGGCCGCGCCCAACAGGCGGCGCCGCGCGAGGUCGCUCUCGCCGGUGCGGGGCGCCGACGACGCAAGGCCCGCCGCCACGUGCCUGAGCUGCUCGCGCUCGCGCCACGCAGGCGCCAGCGCGGCGGCCGCGAAGAAGGCGGUUGGGAAGACUCGGCGGCGGAGGGACGGCGGCGUAACUUACCGACGGCGGCCGAGUCUGUUGGUGUGCUUUGGGUUCUAA